AUGUCGUCUAAAAUCUCCAAGAGUGCAUUCGAAGGUCUCGCAAAAAAGAUCCGUGAAAAUUCCGAUUCACUUAAAUCACUUGCGUUUGCCGAUGCUACAACUUCCAAAACUGCCGUCAAAACAAAAGAUCUCCGACUUGACGUGCAUCGAAAUACACAAGAUCCUACAAUGGUAACCGGAAUCAUACAAGCAAACAGUCAAGCAGAAGACAAAACUGUCAAAAGUUUUAUCAAGGGCAAAACUGGUGGUCAUAAGGGCACACAUCAGGUUAUUGGGGGAAAGAUACGGUUCGGCCUGGGGGACAAAUUCAAUGUCGAUGAGCUUGCGAGCGCAGUCGAGAAAACGGAAUAG